UGACAAGAUGCGUCGCAGCACUGGCUGGUCGUACAACCGCACGUCCGCUGACCUGCACCUCCGCCUCCCUGGCCGUCGCGGGAAGCGCUGCUGGGGGGCGUCCCUUGGAGUGUGGAUCGCUCCCUCCCGCGGCAGAUGCGUUACCUUCGGCAAUCGCUUCGUUAGCGCCGGCGGCACGGGCGCGGACCCAGCCGACUGUGCCGAUGCCGCACACUCAGCUGCGACCGUGCGCCGCCGCCGGCGUUGGCGCCGCCAGCGGCGGCGGAGGCGCGCGGACGCUGCAACGGAAAGCUUCUUUAAACGCCUGGUGCCGGACGCGUGCGCUGAAAUUUAGCAACAGCAUGAACAACAGGAGCAGCUUGGAGCGUGAAGCAACGCAGGACACCCCUACUAGUCCUGAUGCUGCCCCGGCUGCGUUAGGCUGCUGUGUCGCUGCUGCUGCUACAGCUCACUUGGCGACGCAACGCCCGGCAACCGCAGACGGGAGCUCGGAAAGCAGCAGGGCGGGGUCUAUGCCGAUCGGCCAACGGAGGUUGUCACAAGAUGUACGGCAACUCGGGAAAUGCAGUACAAGCAGCAGCAAGCUCAGCGCUCGGAGCGUCGGACCGUACGUUGGUACGGGCAGUACGGCAGCGGAUCUCAUGAUGCCGCCGUCAUUGUCGGCCUUGAAGUCGGUUUCUGGAUCCAUGAUUGCAACAUUAGGUACGGCAGCCAGUACGGCAUCAAGGGCGUCGAGAACGGGCUCCAUGCAACCAUUCGGUGCCGCCGCCGCUGCAACAGCCACCACAGCUAGAGCUAGCACUCCAGCAACGGCCGCUGCAGCUGUCAUGCUGCAAUACCGUCCCAGCGUUGUCAUCUGCAUGGGCGCAGCAAAAGGCGCCGCCACUGCUACAGCCAACCCUGUCGUCCACAGAGCCUCAACAUGCAGCACCCUUCACUCGCAUUGCGGCUUUCCUGCAGCCAAUCCUGCAGUACCACAUGCUUCCACUCUACGCCCCUCAUCCCUGCGUCCCUCGACCGCAACCUCCGGCACUUUGCUGCAAGCUGCACUUGCGGCGACAGCAACAACCGCUGGAAACAGCUCCUCUUGUGCAGGUGUUGGUGCUGCGGCUGCUCGCGCCAGAACGCAGCCGCAUCGGCUGUCUGAACCCGCCUACCGUGGAGCCAUGCCGGCUGGGGCCGCCGCUGCCGCCGUGGCCUUUGCAGCCGCCACGACAGCUGCAUCGAGAGCAGGCAUCGCUGCCUCCGGUCCAGCAACCGCAGCAGGCAUGGUUGCUGCAUCAGCUGGAAUGCCCAGCACUCGCGCAGCAACAGCAGGGAACUAUAUGCAAAUGUACACCUCAGCGGCAGCGAACAACGGCAGCAACACCCGUGUGCGCAGUUUGGACUCGGACGGUCUGCAGCUGACUCCUGGUAGCUUCUCGAGCAGUGUCUGGUAUCCCUCUUGCGAAGGCCGCAGCGGUGGUUUCGCAGGGUUGGGCAGCGGCCUGAUGACUGAGACGGAUUCGUUACUCGACGCCUUCAGCCCUCUUGGCAUGCCCUGCUCGCCGCCUGCUGCUUACAACGCACCACAAGUACCAUCGCAAUCAACAGCAAUGCAACACCAGCAGCAACGGCAAACAAGCAAGCCCCGGCGGCGUCAGCGUGGCCUGGACACGUUAAACAAGCUGCUUGCGUUGGGGAAUCUGUGGGGUGCGCCUGCUCCUGCUGCCACUCCGGAAGCUGGCUCCGCUGUUGCUGCCGCCGAGGCUGCCGCGUCUUGGUGCCUUAACGGCGACGCCCAUGCCGGCGGCGAUGGUGACGGCUUCCAACAGCAGAGCGCAGCAGCAACAGCAGCUACGGCUGCUGCUGCUGUUUCUUGCUGCUGCAGCAGCAACGCCCCACCAGCGACUGCGAACUCAGCAAGCCGUGGCUUCGCCAUCCCUGCUGCUACCGCUGCUCUCCCUAGCUCAUCAUCGUAUAUCCAGUCUGGCGGCAUUGGCGGCGGCCCGAGCUGUGCCAUGCCACGAGCCGGCGUCACAGCGGCUGCCGGGCCUGCUGACCAAGUUUUGGAAGAGGCAUGGGAUGCGGGUGCUGGCUUAGUUGGUGUUUCAGCAGCGGACAUCAUUGCGCAGGAUGAGGAGGAAUUAAGCGCGGCAGACGACGCAGAUGACGCCCUCAGCUCUCGGCAAGGACGCGGCACGCUGCUUGGUUACGUCUUGGACCGCGGCAGCGUCUGCGGAAGCGCUGGGGUGCAAGUGGCGUCAACGCUGUCUCUGGGUGACCCAUGGGUCAGCGCCAUGGCUCG